UUGCAUUGUGGACCUCAGAAUCAGACAGUUACCAGCGAUAGCCAAAUGAUCCAGGUAUCAUGGGAAGACCAGCCUUCAUGCUCUACAGUACAGGAUGUGCUGAUCUAUGAGGUGGUGGUUCUCAUAGCAGACAAGCAAGUACAUUAUGAGGAAGUUACUGUAAUGCCUGACCAGAUAGGAUCUACUCACUUCUGGAACUGGUCGUCCUACUUUGCGUUGGAGUGUGCUUCGGUCAAGCUCAGGGCUCGAUACAAAAACCAUACAAGCCUAUGGAAACAAGAACGGACUCUUCCUGUGGGGAAAAUCUCAAAAAGACCAGAGAUUUUCCCAAAGGACAGAGAGCUGAAGGUUGGCAGUAAUGUCACAUUCUGCUGCAUUCUGCCUGAGGGGCAAGUUUUUGACAAAAUGUUUCUGAAUGAGCAUAGUAUUGCUAAUAAGACACUUACUAAAAUUAGCAAUCAGAUCUAUGACCUGACUGUCCACCUGAAUCAGGCAUCAGAAGGCAGUUGCACUAAUGUAGAAUGCAAGUCAAAUGCAAUGGAAAAUGGGACUUGUGCUUAUAUUGGCUACCCACCUCAGGACAGUAACCUUCAGUGUGAAACCCGAGAUCUGAAAUCAGUGGAGUGUCACUGGACAGUAGGAAGAAAAGCCUCCAUCAAGAGGGGAGGUGGAACAGAGUAUCACCUGCUUGGAAGGUAG